AUGUCGGACGUGUGUGCCUUCAACAGGCCUGUCGGCUCUGGAAAGACGGCGCUCCUCCUGGCGCUGUGCCGCAAGCUGCGAGACCACUACAACAUCGGCGUUGUGACGAACGACAUCUUUACGCGGGAGGACCAGGAGUUCCUCGUGCGCAAUGCGGCGCUGCAGGACACGAACCGCAUUCGCGCGGUCGAAACGGGUGGCUGCCCGCACGCGGCGAUCCGCGAGGACAUCUCGGCCAACAUGGAGGUGCUCGAGCAGCUGCAGGCCGAGUACGAGACGCAGCUCCUGUUCGUCGAGAGCGGCGGCGACAACCUUGCGGCGGCCUUCAGCGUCGAGCUGGCCGACUUCCACGUGUACGUGAUCGAUGUCUCGGGGGGCGACAAGAUCCCGCGCAAGGGCGGCCCCGGCAUCUCGCAGUCGGACCUGCUCGUCAUCAACAAGAUCGACCUGGCCGAGCACGUAGGCGCCUCGCUCGACGUCAUGCGCCGCGACGCCGACAAGAUGCGCGACCACGGCCCGACCGUGUUUACCAGCGUGAAGCAGGAUGUCGGCGUCGACGCUGUCAUCGACCUCAUCCUCGCGGCGCGUCGUGCGGCGGGGGCGGACAAGGCGGGCAAGCCGCCGGCGUAG